AUGAGUACGUUUCAAGAUGCGUUCGACAACAAAGUUCGCCAUCUCAUGGAUAAGAUGGACCAAGCUCGAUCAUUGUUGCUGGAGAGCAAUGAAAAUUUUACUUUUCCCACUGUUGUGGUCGUCGGGGAUCAAUCCAGUGGUAAAUCAACGUUAUUGGAAUCCUUGUCUUUGGUUGAACUUCCCAAAGGUUCAGGUAUUGUUACUCGGUGCCCGCUGGUACUACGCUUGCGUGAAUCCGAUGAACGACGUGUGUAUCGAUUGUACGAGAACAACGGCAAGGAGUUAUUGAACGAGAAAGAUUUGAAUAUUCCACAGUACAUCGAACAAGAAACCAUCAAAUUGGCUGGCGAUAGCAAAAACAUUGUUCAAGACAUGAUUGAAUUACAAGUUGAAGAUCCUCAUGUACGAAAUUUAACUGUCGUCGAUCUACCUGGUAUAGCUCAUACGGCCCUUGAUGGUCAGCCGAAAGAUAUUCACGACCAAAUUAUUAAAUUAAUCCAUCGUUUUAUAAAGCCUGAAGAAAGUAUUAUUUUGUGCGUCUGGCCGGCGAAUGUUGAUAUUGCAGUUGGUGAAGCUUUUGCAUUAGCUCGCGAAUUCGAUCCAUUGGGAAAACGAACGAUUGGUGUUAUAACGAAAACGGAUCUGGCUACCGAUCGCAGUAAACUCAAACAGCAACUUUUAAUGACUGGACGCGAUGUUAUUCAUUUGAAAUUGGGCUUUGUCGCUGUACGCAACCGUAGUGCAGAUCAAAAGCUUUCUCUUACCGAGGCGCGUGAGCAAGAAAAAAAGUUUUUUCUUGAACACGAAGUAUCGAUGGUGGUCGAUCCGAGCCAUCUUGGUAUAAACGCGCUUAUCCACCGUUUAUCGGAUUUGUACUGUGAGCGGGUCAAACAAACUUUUCCAAAACUGAGAAAAGAAAUUCAGGCAAGAUUGGUUAACGUUGAAGAACAAUUGACAAAGCUUCCACCUGAGUUCAAAACAAGCGCGGCUCGUGUUACUGCGUAUAAUGAACUAGUCGAUGUCUAUAUCGAAAAGAUUUUAAAACCAAACAUUCACACGACUGAUUAUGGUCAACAUCGCAGUAUGGUUAAUCGAUUGCAUCGAAAAUUUCUGGAAUAUCGAGACGUCAUAAGAAAUCAAAGAAAAAUGUUAUACAAACCAGAGUAUCGGGCAAAGGUAGAAGAACAAACAUUGAACUAUGCAGGUGAACAAUUGCCAAAUUUUGUAGCAAGUCCAGUUUUAAAACACUUCAUCUGCAGUUUACUAGACGAAUUAUGGGAUUAUACAAGUAAACUAAUAAACGACUGUUUCCGGAUAAUGGGCUCAUUGUUAGCCGAUGGAGAGAAACGCGUUCGCGAAAAAGACGAGGAUGUUUUAUUGGUCAAACUAAUGGGCUUGUUCCAUAAUGUAACCAGCACUUACUUGAAUGAAAAAAAACAAGAAGUUCAUGAUCAAUUGAAAGCUUUGCUACAAUUGGAUCGAAACGAUCCAUAUACAGUCAAUACUUACUAUAUGGAAACUGUUGAGAAAUAUAAAGGAACGUUGACGCAAGGUACUACCGGACACUUUGUGUCAACGCCGGCAAGCAGUAGCAUUAACAUCGGCGAUGAUGACGAUGAAUUGGUAUUCAAUGCUACGACAACUGAUCAACAAGCAGUAAAACACUUGCUGAUUAGUUUGUAUUCAUACUGGAAAUUAUUAACAAAGCGUUUUGUGGACUAUGCAACACUAGCAUUACGUGCAGGAUGUGUGUUUAAUGUCUGCCCUGAUAUUCGCCAUCGUCUACGACGAAUUCCUGUAGAACGGCCGGAUGCAGUUGAUAAACAUCUUUCUGAUGAUGACUUUAUUCGCAACAGACGAGAGCAAUUGACUAAAACGAAAGAACGCUUGACAAAGAUUCAUGACAUAUUUUACCAAGAUGAUGAUGAUACAUUCAUUGACAAUGACAAUGAGACAACUACAGAUGCAACAGCGACAGAAAAUACUUCGCCCAAGACUCCAACAACGAGUUCAACUACCCUCAAAGAUACUAGUAAUGCGAACGCUUCAUCGGAAAAUGUUAAACCGACUGCGACAGUUGCUUCGGGUUUCCAAUUUUCUCCACCUAAGCAAUCCAUUUCGUUAUUCGCUGCUACUGCUGCUGUGCCAUCCACCAGCAUAUUUGGUGUUGCUACUACAUCGCCAUCUUUCAGUUUCGGCAGUCCUCCAAAGUCGAAGAAAGGUAGUUAA